AUUUUGGAUCAAUAUUUAAAUGUAUAUAAUUAUAUAAUCAAAUAGAGAGUGCUAAAAAAACAAAAAUUUAUAAAAAAUAAUUUGUUAUUCAUAAAUAUAUAUAUAAUUUUUAUUCGAAUUUAAAAAUAAAGUUUUAAGAAUCAAUUAAUUAUGUGCGAAGUAAAAGAAAAAUAUAUAUAAUUAACUUUUAUAAAUAUUUUUCUAUAAAGACUUUCUAUAAAGACAUUUGUUAUUAAAUAAUUUAUAUUCGAAGCAUUAAUUUUUAACAAUUUAUAUAUAAUUAUAUUAAUUUAAUUAAAUAUAAUAAUGUCAAUAUAUAUUAAUCAAUGAUUUAAUUUGAUUAUGAUUUAAUCAUGAUUACAUAGUUUAGCCCUUCGUUUAAUUAUAAAAAAUUCUUAUUGAUAAAUCAUCGUUGCGCAGCAACUGAAUAAAAACAAUAUGAUAUGAUACAAUAAAUUCUCAUAGUAGUCGAUUUAAUUUUAUAUAAUUUAUAUAUUUAUAUAAUUUUAUAAAAAAACUAAAAAUGAAUGCGAAUGAUGUUCCUACCAUAUUACAAGAAUUUGCACAGCCUCGUAUAAUAAAUGAAGAUAUGUUAUUAAACUUAAUAAUUGAACAAGGACCGAAAGGAAUAGCUGGUAGACUUUUUUAUGAGGAUGGUAUUAACUUGGAUGAAACAAAAGAAAUUCGAAUCGAAUUUCUUAAUAUUUUAAAAAUAGAUUAUUUAUGGAUGAUGCCAAAUCUUACAAAAUUAAAAUUAUCCAAUAAUAUAAUUGAAAAAAUAGAAAAUCUUGAUGCUCUUGUUAAUUUGAAAGAAUUAGAUUUAUCUUUCAAUCGUAUUAAAAUUAUAGAAAAUUUAGACAAUUUAACAAAAUUGGAAAUAUUACUUUUAUUUAAUAAUGAAAUUAAUGAAAUAGAGAACAUAGAUAGUUUAUACCAUCUUACGAUUUUUAGUAUUGGUAAUAAUAUUAUAUCAAAUUGGAAACAUGUAUUAUAUUUAAGAAAAUUUAAAAAUUUAUAUAGUUUGAAUAUGAGUGGAAAUCCAUGCACAGAAGAAGAGGGAUAUUUAGAUUAUGUGUUUGCAUUUAUACCUCAAUUAAUUUAUUAUGAAUACAAAAUGAUAACUAAAGAACAAAGACAGACAGCUAGAGAAAAACAUUAUAGAGCUUUACAUAUUUUAGAAGAAGCAGAAAUGAAAGAAAAAGAAGAAUUGAAUAUAAGACAAGAACGUGAAAAAAAACUAGCUUUUCUUACUACUGCAUGUGUAGAAUAUCUUGAUGAAGAUCAUCUUUUUUAUCAAAUGUUUGAAUAUGACAAAGAAGGAAAAGAUUUAUCUAUGGUAAAUGAAGAUACACAAAAUGCAUAUGAACAAUAUAAAGUAAAUUUUUCUAGUUUAUGUCAAGAACUUUGUGAAGUAGGAUUAAAAGAAUAUGACAAACGUUUAGAUGAAAUAAAUCUUUAUAAUAUUGGCGUAAAUGAAGGAAAAAAUAUUUCACAAAAUCAAGGAAGGAUGAUUGUAAAUGAAGUUUUGCAAACUAAAGCUGUCACAUUAGUAAAUAUUAAACAAUUAUUAAAAAAAUUAGUUGAAGAUAUAGAUGCUGCUACAUUAGAAGAUAUAACUCAAAAGGCACAACAACUUUCUCAAGAAUUUAAUAAUAUAGUAACUGAAACAUGGACAAAAUUAAUGACCAUUGAAGUAGAUCUACAUGAGCAAAUACAAGAUAUAAAUGAAAUAUUCAGAAUUAAUAUUUCCGAUAUGAUAGAAUCUUUCUUAACAACUGCACGAGGAUAUUUUUCACAAUUACGUAAUUGCGAAGCAGAAUAUAAUGAUACUAUUAAUGGAUUAAUUUUAUAUUAUCUUAGUGGUUUUGGAGAAGAUCAAAAACUACCUCGUCAUUUAUUAAAUUUAUGUGAAGAUAAAGAAAUGUUAAAUUAUAAUCUUAAUAAUUCUCAUGAAAGACAUUUACAAGUAAUAGAUGCUCGAGAAGAUAGCAUGGUAAAUCGAUUAAGAAAUUGGCUUAAAGAAUAUAAUGAAGAAUUAUCAAGGCAAGAAAUUGAAAGAAAUAAUCAACAAGUAUUAGAAAUAGCACACUUUGCAGAUUCUCAACAAGAAGAAUUUUUGUAUCUCUUACAGCAAUUAAAUAUUAGUGAUCCAGAAGUUAUAUUAGCACUUGAAACUACUUAAAAUUUAAUAGAAUAUUUCUCAAAUUAUUCAUUUAAAAAUAAAUAUUUAAAAAAACUAAGUAUUUUUAUUGAAUUAUAUAUAUUUAUUGAAAAAUAUAAAUUUAAUAUUAUUACAUAUUAAUUACAUAUUAUUACAUAUUAAUACAUUUCAAUAUAUCAAUAUAUUUGUAUAAAAAUUCAUGUUUAUAAAAUUCUCCACGAUAAAUUUUUUAUAUGAAAAUUUAUUUUUAUAAAAGUUCUAUAUUAGUUUAUUUAUAUUAGUUUUAUAUUAUAUAUAAGUUUAUUUUUAUAUUAUUUUUAUAUAAAAAUAAUAUUAUUUCUUUAACUUAUAGUUGAAAGAAAUAUUUGAAUUAAACAUUUUUAUUUUGCAAAGCUUCAAUAUAUAAUUUUAAAUUAGCUUGUACAUUUGGAGAUUGAACAAAUGUUAUAAAUUCAUUAAGAUCUGAAUUUGCAUUUGCUUUUAACCAUGAUGAAUUAUGUUUUCUUAGUUCCAUUUUUGUUUUUUGUCUUCCUUUAACUUCAUAAAUAGUUUAAUUAGUAAAUUUUAAUUAUUUUAGAUAAAAACUAUACUUACAGGGUAUAUUCUUAAAGCUUUUGAUAUAAUUUUGACAUCUUUCAAUUGCGUUUGCUUUAUUUAAAGCUAAUUCAUCUACAAGUCCAAUUUCUAAUGCUUCUUUUGGAUGAAAUAAUGUUCCUCUAAAUUAAUAUUUUUUUAUUAAUUAUAAACAUUAUAAAGUGAAAUAAAUAUUUUAUUAUACAUUUGUCAAUAAUAAAUUACUGUAAAAGUGCUAAUUCAGCUCUUCUAUAUCCUAUUAUAUCAACAUAAAGAGCCCUCAUCCAUUCUGAAACAGUAAUUCCCAAUUGUGUUUCAUUUAAUCCUAUGGUAUAUUUUCCUUCAACUAAAAUUCUAUAUUCACAAGACAUUGCUAAUAUACAUCCACCAGCAGGACUAGAACCCUUUUUUAAUAAAAUUACAUUGUUAAUAUAUUAUUAAUAUUAUCAAAAAAAUAAUUUUUUAGAUCAUUCGUAUCAUUAUAUUAUUAAAAAAAUAAUAUUUAGAAUAAUACAUUAAUAGCAGCAGCUAUUGGUAUUUCCAAAUUAUAUAAAGUUAACCAUGUGUUUUGUAUUGUUGUCCAAUAUUCACUAAGUUGUUUUUCAGUUCUAUUAUAUAUUUCCUUUAAAUCAAUUCCAGCUGAAAAUAUAUUUGAUAAUGAUGAUGUUAAUAUAACACCUUGACAUUUUUGUUUUUGUACAUUCAUUAAGGAUGUAUUUAAAGCAUUUAAUAAUUCUUUAUUUAAACAAUUUACAGGUGGAUGUGCCAUUGAUAUUGUAGCAAUAUCUGGAAAAUAAAAUUAUUAAAUAAAAAUUUAUUUCAUGUAAUUAAAGUAAUCAUAAUUACCUAUAUCAUCUUUCGUGACUUCAAUUAUUUUUGAAUUUACUGUAUAAGUUCUAUAUAAAGGAAUUUGUAAAUUUUUGUUAAAAAUUCUUUUUACAAUAAACAUUUCGAUUAUCGAUUAUCAAUAAAAUAAA